UCAGUCCGCGGACUUUGUACGUCGCCACUUCUGUUUAGCUGAGGAAAGCAAAUAAAUAAACCGCUGCUAAUUUCAUAAAUUAAUUUAAUAAAUUUUGCACAUUUUACUCUUCUUAUCGAGCGAAUUGGGAAAUGUCCGAAAACGGAGGACUGAAAAGUGACCGGCGUUAUGAAAAAAUUGAAUUUUUAGGCGAAGGACAGUUCGCUACUGUGUAUAAAGCCAAAGAUCUCGUGGAGAAUAAGAUCGUUGCAGUGAAAAAAAUAAAAGUUGGUUCUAAAGCUGAAUUCAACGAUGGAGUUAAUAGAACUGCUCUCAGAGAAAUUAAACUCCAACAAGAAUUACACCAUCCUAAUAUUCUAGGAUUAUUGGAUGUUUUCGGUUAUAGAUCAAAUAUCUCUCUCGUCUUUGACUUCAUGGACAUCGACCUUGAAGUAGUGAUUAAAGAGUCGAAAAUUGUUCUCACACCGGCGAAUAUAAAGGCAUAUUCAAUUAUGACUUUAAAAGGACUGGAAUAUCUACAUUCUCAUUUUAUACUACAUCGGGAUUUGAAGCCAAAUAAUUUGUUAAUAGAUAGCAAAGGUGUUUUGAAAAUUGGCGAUUUUGGUCUAGCUCGUUAUUACGGAUCUCCAAACCGUCAAUACACCCAUCAAGUCGUGACGAGAUGGUAUAGAGCACCAGAGUUACUUUUUGGUUCACGUAUGUAUGGAGAUGGUGUCGAUAUGUUUGCUGUUGGAUGUAUUAUUGCUGAACUGCUCCUUCGCGUCCCUCUAUUUCCUGGCGAUUCUGAUCUGGGCCAACUAACGAAAAUAUUUGAUGUGCUGGGCACACCCACCGAAUCCAACUGGGCUGGUCAUCGGACCCUUCCAGACUUUUGUGAAUUUAAGCCUUGUCCAGCAAGAUCUUUGAGGGAUAUUUUCACUGCUGCUCCGGAUGACAUGAUAUCUCUGUUGGAGUCACUCCUAAGACUGAAUCCCAAUGAGAGAUCAACUGCAACUCAGGCCUUGCAACAUUCCUUCUUCAGUAAUAAACCAGGACCUACACCGGGACAUCUUCUUCCGUUGCCGUCAAAUGUGAACAGGGCCGUUCCUGAUGACAAACCUAGUCUCAAGAGAAAGUUGCUUGAAGCAACGGAUACGACAGGACUAUUAGUAAAGAAACUCGUCUUUUGAAUGACUCCCUGAAAUUAAAGAUUUACCGAUAGUUCGUUACAUGUAUAAUCUGUAGGUACAUGCACAUAUAUGUUCACAUGUAAUUUUGAUACUAUGAUGAUUAUUUAUGGCUCUCCUUUCAUGAUUUAUUACAAACCAAUUAAAGAUCUAUGCACAAUUGGAAAUGUUAACGUA